CGCCCUCGGAUUGUCCCUGGAACCCUCGUUGCCUGCCGGCUGCAGACGCAGCUCACAAUUGCAUAUCAGCAAGCCAUGGCCGAUACUCAGGAUCCCUCGCAGAAGGCGCAGCAUCCGCUUCUGGCCUCACGCCCGCCAGUGACAGACCCAAUCACCUAUCUCACCAUCAUUGAGUACAACCUUUCCGAAGACAACCUGCCUGUUCUGCAUCAGGUUCUUCAAGAUGCAGAACUCACGGCCACUAUUGGCUGGGAUUUGAUCCAACUACUACUUCCGCUGUUGCCUCUCUCGGAAGAAUGCUUGCAAGACAUUGGCGCCAAAGGCAAUCCCAGGGAAUGCAUUCUCAAGGUCACAGAGGCGCUGCGAUUACUUCAGUUCAGCGAACCGCGCGAAGACACAGACGAAGACGAGGAUGGCACUAGAACUGGCGCCUCCAAGGCUAAAGCGCACGAAGUUGGCGUAGGGGAGUCGAGCACAAGUCCCGCCUUCCAACCCGCCGUAGUUCCGCCCCUGCCCGUACUCAAGUUUGAGACUCUUCUUGAUAUACUGACCACGUUGCAUCGGCGCGUCAAGACAAAAUACCCGAGCCGCUUCCUCUCGACUAGUUUGCAGGCUGUGUUGCUCGCAUACAAUCGGGCCAACACCCACAUCGAAGACCUGACCUUGUCUGCUGUCAAAUUCGUAAAGACGCUUUCAGGGACUAAGAGGCCGCAUCUGCCCUCCAGACGGAGCAGCAGAAAUCUUCUGCGUACAAAUACCAACCAGUCUGAGCCAGAUCCGGAAGCGCAGAGCGAUGUGCCAAUCAGUGAAGAGACGGCUUUAGUCAAUCGCCUGUUGCAAUCGUUCCUCACCCAUAUCCUCGAGGACUAUGUACUGUCGUUGAAAUCAGACGAUGAUGUACCGGGUCUGUCGUGGACAAGCAGGCUGAUGGAGAAAUACGAGCCGGAACGGAUACCCAACAAGCCCAACUACCAGAAAUAUGCGGAUCGUUUUGCAAACGACGAAGACUUGACUUCAAGAGUUGCAAUCUUGGGCCAGAUAGUAGCUUUGACUCACGAUCUCGGCUUGGAAUACGAGGAGCUGGUACGCACCGUGCUGGAUCCUGAAGAUGAGAAGCGGGGCAUGCCCGGCGCCGAGGACGAGCCACCAGCGGCAGCGGCAGACAUUCCACUUUCGAAGACGGGUGCUUUGAUUCUCAUUGCUGCUCACCACAUGAAGCAAGAGCUGUAUGCUUCAGCCAAGCCAGAUGAGGAGGAGGACUCCAUUCCCAUUUUCCCAGGGCACGCUACCAUACUCAGCAACUUCAUUGGAACUCUGGGGCCGCAAACUGUUGGCAUGGAACCAGAGGCACUGCUCGACAUAGUGCUUGCUUUGGGCGUUGUUGCACUUUCAAGAAACAACAUUGGAGAGCCCAAGGAUGACGAGGCAUUUGCUCAGUACCUGCAAACCGUCUCACUCAUUUCUGCAAACUCACCCUCGCCGAGCUUACGAGGGCACGCGCAUUACCUCACGACAACCAUAUUGCGCUCACAUCCCCACGAUCUCGUUCGCUUAACCUUUAUCCGUGAUACACUGGAGCACUGCCCAUACGAGAACCUCAAAGCAAGCGCCGUGUCAUGGCUAAAAGGCGAGACGUUGGAAGCAAACGCACCUGGAAAACAGCCGUCAGACGAACAUGAGCACGCGAACAUUUUUGCCACACCCGUUGCCAUAUCCGCAGUUGCUCCGUACCUCUGGCCCGACCUCUCGAAGCACUACCCAGCCGAAACUAGCCUCGAAGACUCGUGGCUGCAAUUCCGCCAAGAAGUGGGCUUCUACGUUGCAGCAAUCAACUUUUACUACCUCUUGCUUCAAGCCAACCAUCUCCACGACACCCUGGGAGUCAAGGUCCUGAACGAAACGCAUGGCAUUCAGUCGCACUAUCUAGACGUGCUGAAGCAAACGGCAGCAAAGUUCCAGAAAGAGCUUGCGUCUGGUGGCGGCGCGCUGGUGGUUGAGGGCGACGACGCCCUCCAACAGGCAAAGGCGGAUGUAGGCCUCGUCGAGAAGGUUAUCGAGUGGGUUGAGGCUGCGCUGAAUAAGUCGUGAUUGCUUAUAUAUAUAUGUGUGUGUGUGUUUGAUGGUUCUCUUGUUAUUAGUAAAUGAGUUUAUUAAA